AUGAGUGUGUGUGCGUGGCUGGUGCUCCUCGAAAAUGUAGAUCGCUGUCCAUCUUCUUUUGUCCUUUUUGGGUGUCCUUUUCUGUGUCGAUCAUUGAGGGCAUUGAAGGAUGUUUCGUUUCAAAGGAGGCGGAUGCUGUCGCCAAGUGGCACUGCCAAGCACCUAAGGUAUCUCGUUCCUAUGUCGGAGAAUUUUGGUACAUUUGUUACGUUCUUUAUAGAUUCGCCAUCUUUUGAUGGACAUGGUAUUUUGGCCAAAAGUCUAUCCAAGUUACGUAGAGUAAAGAUCCUCAGCAACGCGGUGAUCAUUGAUCCCAUUUGGACAGCGUCGGAACGUGGCGGUUACCGGGUGUGGUUUGAUGGCCGUGAUGGCAUAAGUCGAAACGGUUUGUAUGUGGAAGUGAUUGACGGUAAGCUGACUGGCCGAGUGAAAUGUGACGAGAUGUGA